AUGAAAGCGAAUUCAAAAUCUCUUUCUUAUUCGAUUAAAAAGGAUCUCUAUUUAUAGGUAUGUAUAUUGAAGGAAAACCCAAUAGAUAGCCCAACUGAAAUCAAAACUCAAUGAAUUAAUAGACUAUCAUAAAACAUUUGAGGUUGUUUAAUAUGUUGAACAAUAAAGAGAAUGGUUACAAAAACUAUUUUAAGCAUGA